AUGAACCGCGGCUCCCAGAAACACCGUGCGCCCUUUGGCCCUCUCAACACCCUCGCGUCUCCCCAGAAGCCAGCUUUUGCCCCGCUCGACACGUCCGAGUGCCCCGUCUACGACGACUCCGGCUCGCCCCUCGACACGCCCGAGUUCUCCUUCCACGGCGACUCCAGCUCGCUCUUCGACCAAGCCUCGAGCCCCUACGCCCCUCCGCCCCCGCUCCGUCCCCCCACAACGCGCGACAUGGUGCGCGAACGAGAGCCGACUGCGCUGCCGCCGCGCCCCGAGCCGCCCAAGCCGCCCAAGCCGGCACCCUCUGCUGCCAACAUGCAGGAGCGAAUCACAGCCCCGCAGUUCGGCCAGGCCAGCCCGCUGCGCAACCCGCUGCGCCACCCGCCGAAGCAGGACAAGCCAAAGCACUCGCAUCUGUUCAACGUCCCCAGGCCUGGCCAGCCGAGGCCAGAGCACCACCAGGCCCCCGCCCGCGUACCCAACCCACAGGCGCUUCCAUCGUCCAAGCCGCCGCCCUCUGUCCCCGCCCAGCCGAGGCCCGCUGCAAGGGUCGAUGCUUUCGGCCGUCCGCUCGACCAUGACCUGUUCGAGAUCCCCGCCAGCAGCUUCCACCCGCGACAGUCCCACAGCGUCGCCGUACCGCGACCCUACAACCCACCCGCGCACACCGUCCAACCACCCCCACGCUCUCUCUACUCCUCCAUAGGCCACAACAACGGCUUCCAGCCCGUGAACAAGGGCACACACAACCCCCUGCAAGACCCACGCCAGACCGUCAUCCUCGAUGACCAAGACGACUUUGAUCCCGACGCUGCCGUCUUCUCGGAACGCGGGCGGUUCGGCGCGCCUGAUCUGAACGCCUACGUCGACCAGGGGCAGGCCAGCGAGAACAUCAAGGCCCUUCUCGAGGGCGCCCUAGACGAGGACGAGGAGAAGAUCCCGCGCACGCGAGGCCGGAAGAAGAAGAAGGCUGCCGACGCUGCCAGCUCGCUCGCUGACCGGCUCAAGGCGCUGCAAGUCAAGGACGACGAGCCCAAGCUCAAGCCCGAGGCUGAAGAGGAAGAGGCCGACGACGACGACGAGGAUGACGGCUUCGUCGACGGCCUCAAGGUCAAUCUGCUGCCACAUCAGGUCGAUGGUGUCGCGUGGAUGAUCGAGAAGGAGACGGGCGCACACAACAAGCGUGGGAAGCUGCCCAAGGGUGGCAUCUUGGCCGACGACAUGGGUCUGGGCAAGACUGUGCAGUCCAUGGCCCUCAUUCUCUCGAACCCGCGGCCCGAGAAGGGCGCGGAGCCCGAGAACAAGAAGAACAAGAUCCUGGAUGUCGUUGGCAAAGGCACCCUCGUCGUGGCUCCUCUGGCGCUCAUCAAGCAAUGGGAGUCGGAGAUCAACACCAAGGUUGCCAAGACGCAUGCCUUGAACGUCCUGGUCCACCACGGUCCCAACCGCACAAAGUCAGCCGACAAGUUGAAGCAGUACCAUGUUGUCAUCACCACCUACCAAGUCCUUGCGUCCGAGCAUGCACAGUGCGGUGAUGGUCCAGAUGGCCUCAAGAAGGGCUGCUUUGCUGUGCACUGGUACCGCGUGAUGCUCGAUGAGGCACACACCAUCAAGAACCGCAACGCAAAGAUGACAAAGGCUUGCUACGAGGUCCGCUCGCACUACCGCUGGUGUCUGACUGGUACGCCGAUGCAGAACAACCUUGAUGAGCUGCAGAGUUUGAUCAAGUUCCUCCGCAUCCAGCCUUACUGCGACAUGUCGAGCUGGAAAGACUCCAUCACUGGCCCCAUGAAGAACGGACGGGGCAAUCUUGCCAUGCGCCGAUUGCAAAUCUUCCUCAAGGCCUUCAUGAAGCGUCGCACAAAGGACGUCCUCAAGAAGGACGGCGCGCUAACCUUUGGAGGCAAGGCCAAAGAUGGCGCGGACAAGCCAGCCUUCCAGAUUGUUGCACGAAACGUCGAGACCAUCAUAGGAGAAUUCACGGCGAAAGAGCGCGCGUUCUACGACCGUCUGUCUACGCGAGCCCAGGACCGCCUCGAGGAGCUUAUGGGUGGUGAAAAGCAGGAUUACAUUGGAGCUUUGGUGUUGCUGCUUCGUCUACGACAAGCUUGCAAUCACCCCAACCUCACGAAGAGCAACGUGAAAGACGACAAAGAUGCGCUGACCACGGGAUCGAAGCAGGGAACCCAGACCGGCUUCCAGACUCCACGCAAGGCUUCGAGAGACGACGAAGCCGAUGACCUUGCGGACUUGCUCGGUGGCCUGAGCGUUGCGACCAAGCGUUGCGAUCUGUGCCAACGAACUCUGAACCGCGACAAUGCUGCCAACGGAGCUAUUCGAUGCAACGAUUGUGAGAGCGAUCUCAAUGCUUCUUCGAAGAAGGCAGAGAAGCAUAAGAAGAAGCACAGCAAACACAAGCACAAGCCUAGCAAGGAGAGGAAGCUUUCCCAACCACCAACUGUCCAGAACGAUGAUGACGAUGAUGACGAUGAAGACGAGGACGAUGUCGUUCGACCCGCAAAGCCGUCUCGACAGCGCCGCGUUGUCGUUGACAGUGACGACGAAGAGGAAGAGGGCGAGUGGCUUGUGCCCGAAGACCAACAACACUCUGAAGACCUCGGCAAGGCUGGUGGCACAGAUGACGAGGACGCCGAAGGUGGCGGUGACACAUUAGCAUCCAUCGACUCUCAAGCAUCUGUGAGUGUCGAUGAGAGCACAAGUAACCUCGACUCCUUCAUCGUGCAUGACACUGACAGCGAGGAGGAGGCACCGGUCGUCCGCAGGAAGUUGUUCACAAAAGACAAACCACGGACGGUCAACCUCAUCUCUGACAACGAAGACGAUUCAGCGACAGAGGUAGAGUCGGCCUCGGAGUCAGGUUCUGAUGACGAAGACGACGCGUCUCAGACUGAAGAAUCAGAUGACGGCUACCACGCUUCAGACUUGGUCCCAUCAACAAAGAUCCGCCAGCUUCUCCAAAUCCUCGAGAAAGAGACUCCAGAGCACAAGGUCAUUGUCUUCUCACAAUUCACCUCCAUGCUCGACCUCAUUGAGCCGUUCCUCAAGCGCGCCGACUUUAGCUUCACCCGCUACGACGGCAGCAUGCGCAACGAUCUCCGCGAAGCGAGCUUGCAAAAGCUGCGCGAAGACAAACGGACACGUGUUUUGCUUUGCAGUUUGAAGUGCGGAAGCUUGGGUCUCAACCUCACAGCCGCCAGCCGCGUGGUCAUCAUGGAGCCCUUCUGGAACCCCUUCGUCGAGGAACAAGCAAUCGACCGCGUCCACCGCCUCAACCAGACCGUCGACGUAACCGUCUACCGUCUUUCGAUUCACAACAGCGUCGAAGAGCGCAUCCUCGAGCUGCAGGAAGCGAAGCGCAAGCUCGCCCAAGCAGCCAUCGAGGGCGGCAAGGCCAUCGGCAAGCUCAGCAUGAAGGACAUUCUCAACCUCUUCAAGCGCGAGGCAGAGUACGACCACACGCACAUGGACGCCGCCGGCCCGGAGCAGGACAUCUUCACUAAGCGGAGGGUGCUUGAGGGCGGCGCUGAGAUGGGCGCGCGAGGCGAGACGACGGCGCCCCGUCCUGCACGCAAAGCGGGCAGUCUGGGCUUCAGCAAGAAGAGGAAUGAGGACAGUGUGUAUGGUAGGCGCUGA